GCCGCAAACGACUGGACCGUUCCUUGCGUGCAGGGAGAGUGCUCUUACGACGUGUCAUCACCGGACGGGAAUAACGCUGCUACGCUGAAGAUCUGGGGUGCGUCCGACGCGAUUUCGGAUAUUACGCCCGCGGCGGGGUGGCAGAUCCUGUCUUGCGACCCCAACGGCAUGGAUCAGGACAUCCGCCUCGUGUGCAUGCACGACGACGCGAGCUGCGACCAUCUCUUAGAAGGCGGCGCGGAGAACACCAUUGUCCGCUUGCCCGAAACCUGCGCCCAGAUGCCGUUCGCGCGCGUCGCGCGCCAGUGGACAUCGCAGGACCAGUCGCUGCCAGCGGCCGUCCGGCGGAACAUCGUCAGUCGCGCCAGCUCGCCCGUGGUGCACGCGCUCGCGCUCGACACAAACUUCGCGGACAUUGACCCCUCCAAGAAGGGCAACGUCUCGUUCGCGGCGCAGGGCUCGACGAUCGGCGGCGUCGGCGGGAACUCGACGGCGCAGAGACGCGACCUCCGUCAUCUGUCGGUAUUCUCGCGCAAGCACCGCCGCGGUUUCUUGAGUUCGAUCGCCGACGCCUUCAAGGGUGCGCUCGACUCUAUCAAACAGCUGGACGAGUUCAACAAGACGCUGGACAAGCAGCUGCCGCCGAUUGACUUAAACAAGUCCGCGAACCUGUUCAAUGCGAGCGUCAGCUGCCCCGCAAGCGCGACGAGCCCCGCGGCGUUCGACGCGUCCGUGAGCGUCGACGUUACGGGCGAGGUGCACGCGGUGGUAGACCUCGGCGUCGCCGCCGCAGGGACGAUCAUCCCGCCGAAGGUCUCGCACUUUGCGCUCAUCGCAGGUGCGUCAUCUAUGUCUUUUUUUUGUCUCAAUGCCAACGUGGGCGGGACGCUCGACGUGUCCGCGAACGCGAACGGACACCUCGACACGGGCGCAAUCAAGCUCUUCGAGGUCGCGAUCCCCGGCUUCGACAUUCCAGGCAUAUUCACGAUCGGGCCGUCGUUCAAGCUGAAUGCGCAAGCAACCGGAGACCUGAACAUCGACCUCGACAUGAAGGUCGACAUCGCGUACACGGUGAACAACGCGCAGCUGACCUUCCCGCCCGAUCAGGGCGCCAGCAAGGGCGUAUUCAAGCCAGCAGACAGCAAUCUCGCGCUGUCGGCGAGCAGCAACCUCAACGGCGACGCGACGCUGGAAGCGCACAUCAUCCCGACGGUCGACGUCGGGAUCAGCUUCCUCGGCAGCGUGGCCUCCGCGACGGUCUUCCUCGACCUCGACGCGUCCGCUACGCUGGACAUCACAGGCGCGGCGCAGGCGAGCGCGGGCGCGUCGACCAAGACGGGAAAGGCUGCAAGCGCGAGCGCGCAGGGCUGCGUGGACCUGAGCUCUGGGUUCGACGUCAACGCGGGCGCGCAGGGAUCGUUCUUUGGGCUGUUUGAUAAGAGCACGCAGGUCACGCUCUUUAGCAAGGACUUUGAGCUAUUCCAGGUGCGUACUCGUGCUCGU